ACACUAUCCAAUCCUAUUAAUUAUAAGUUCCACGUUGUCAGAUUUGUCAAGUGGACAAUAUGACUUCGAAGGAAAGCAAUAUUUCUGCGUUAUACGCGGAAUUAAAUAAAUUAGGGCAAAAUGCAGAAUAUGAAAGAGCAUUGAAAGCUGCUAAUAGAAUUCUAGACAGUAUGCAAGAUGAGGAAGCUGCAUUUCAUUGUAAAGUCAUCUGUUAUAUUCAAUUAUCUAAGUUUAGUGAAGGAUUGCAAUUGAUAACAAAAAAUCAAAAAUUGGCGAUAAAUCUUGACUUUGAGAAAGCUUAUUGUCUCUAUCGUUUAAAUCAGGUAGCAGAAGCUUUGAAGGUAGUCGAGGGUAUACAAAAUCCUUCUUUAAAAGUAAAAGAAUUGAAAGCACAAAUAUUAUAUCGACUUGAAAAAUACGAGGAAUGUUUCACCAUUUACAGAGACAUUAUAAAAAAUUCAGACGAUGAAUAUGCAGACGAGAGAGAAACUAAUCUAGCUGCAGUUCUUGUGAAUUUGACAAUUGAAAAUUCAUCUAUGGAACUUCCAUCAUUGCAAGAGGAUACUUAUGAGUUAACAUAUAAUGCAGCUUGUCAAUUGAUUGCGCUUGGAAAUUUAAAUGAUAAGAGUAUGUUGGUAGAAGCAGAAAAGAAACUGAAAGCAGCAGAAAAAAUGUGUAAGGAAGGUUUAGAAGAGGAUGGAGCCACAGAGGAAGAAAUAGAAAAUGAACUUGGGAUUAUAAGAGUACAACUAGGAUGUUGCUUGCAACUCCUAGGACGUGAGAAAGAAGCUCAAACUUUAUACACAGCUGCUUUGAAAUCAAAACCAAAUGACAUUGCGUUAGUCGCCGUAGCAAGCAAUAAUCUCGUUUGUUUGAACAAAGAUCAAAACGUGUUUGAUAGUAAGAAAAGAAUGAAAAGUGCCACGCACGAAAGUUUGGAGCAUAAGUUGACUUCAAGGCAAAGAAGAACUAUAGCAUACAAUCAAUGUUUAUUAGCCUUAUAUACCGAUCAGGGAGAACAAUGUCAACAAUUGUGUAAUAAACUUGCAAAAGAUUAUCCAGCUUUGGCAGCAGAUGCUAUGUUUGUAAAAGCUAUUCAACUUAGCAAGGAUGGUAAAUCUCAAGAUGCAGCUAAAUUAUUAUUGGAGUAUGCAACUGCAGAAAAGGAAUUGCAGAUGAAACUAGUUGCAGUUCAACUUCUUUUGAGUCAUACCGAAAAAAAAGAGGCCAUUAACAUACUCGAGAAUUUGUCAGAAUCUGAUAGAUCGUUGCCUGGCGUAGUUAGUGCGCUGGUUACUCUUCAUAUGGCAGACAAUAAUAGAGAUAGAGCGUCAGCUGCAUUGAAAAAUGCAGUAAAUUAUUAUAAAAAACAUAAGGCAACCAAAACAAAUUUAGGCGAUUUAUGGCGACAAGCUGCUGACUUUUAUCUACGUGGUGGAGAAAUUCAGGUUGCUGCAGAUAUAUUGCAGGAAUUAGUAGACUCGUCUCCAUCCGAUACGAAAACUCUGGCACAAUUAGUAGUGGCCUAUGUACAAUUUUGUCCUGCGAAAGCUCACCUUUUGUACAAAAGGUUACCACCGCUACACGAUCUCGCAGAAACGAUAAAUGUCGACGCAUUAGAAAGUAGCAAUUGGGUUAUUGGUACAAAAGUUGUCCGAAAGAAAGUAGAACCUUCUCCUGGUAAACCAAUUGUGGACCAGACAUUAAAGAAACGUAAUACUCGCAAGCGUAAAGGAAAAUUACCGAAGAAUUACGAUCCAAAUGUUCCUCCCGAUCCUGAGAGAUGGUUACCAAGGCACGAACGUAGUAAUUUCAGAAAGAAGCGAGAUAGAAGAAAUCGAGAUGUAGCAAUGAAGGGUACGCAAGGUGUGGCAACUGGUGCAAGUGAUCUAUAUGAUAUUACAAAAAUGCCUGUCAAUACUAAGCCUUCCCCUAAUCCUCGACAUAAUACUACCGUGGAAGUAUCUGGACCACGCCAACAACAACGUAAAGUCCAGCAAAAGAAAAAGAAGAAAGGUGGCAAAUGGUAAAUAAUCAAUAUUCACGUCGUACUCCACAUCUUCGGCGAAGAGGCUAUCCUGUAGGCUCAUUUAUCAAAACGACGACGGAGUCGCUUCAACGAUGGCACAAUAAUAAUAAUAACAACAACAAAGACGACGAUGACGACGGCACACGAGACGACACCGAGAUUUUCUUUUAUCGCGUCGAAAGUACAUCGAGAAAUGUCCGAGUCGCGUAAGCGAUCUUCGUACACAUUUAUCUUUUACCACUCGUUUCCAGUCAGUGACGGCGGCGGCGGCGACAGAAGCGGCGGCGGCGGCAGCGGCAACGACCAAGACUCGUGCGGGAAAAAUAUAAAGAGAUUUUUUCUAUUCUCUUUUAGUUACGCAUAUAUGCCGUUGUUGAUGAGUGCGCUUAUAUCGUUAUCGAUGGUAGCGCUCUCUGUCGGAAAUGUUUCGCGUCUAGAAAGGGAAUAUGACAAUUAGCGCCAUUCGAUAGGAACGACGAUAAACUGUUACUAAUAUUAUUUAUAAAUUUGAUCCUUUGGAUGUUUAGCGCCAAAAUCUUUGCUCGAUGAUUGGUUGAUUCGACGAUUCGUUUAAAUCGCAUUACGAUUGGUUCGUGACGGUACAACGUCACGAACGGCGGUAUUUUUUCUUUAUAGAAAAUUUUCAAAUAGAUUCGUUUUUGUUCUUUAUGAUAUAAUAUAAUAUAAUAUAAUAUAAUAUAAUAUAAUAUAAUAUAAUGUAAUAUAAUAUAAUAUAAUAUAAUAUAAUAUAAUAUAAUAUAAUAUAUGGAUAAUAUUUUAAUUAAAAACAUUUUUCUUGCUCUUUUAUUCUACCAACAACGGACGUUGAAAAUAUAUCGGCGAUCAUUGGUACAGUUACUGUACAAAACAUAUUUAUUUAAUAAUUUAUAGAUAUACGCACACAGUGUACAAUAUACAAGCCCUAACGCUGUUAAGCGCAGCUCCUACUUUGCAAAAUACACUUCUCAACAUUCUAAUACUUGUAUAUACAAUCACACGUCUUUUUUCCUUAAUAUCGUUUCAUAAAAAUGAUUUGAUCUACUAUGAGAAAUAAGUUCGCAACCCGAAGUUUCACUCGACAAAAGUCUUUUCAAAAUAUUUAGUUUUGUCGAUAAAAUUAUCAUUGUAGGUUUAUAAAUAUCGAGGGAAAAUUCGGGUAGAAUCUGUUAAUAUAUGCAUCGCAUAAAGCAUAGAAAGUUAACAAGAUCUAGAAAUAUGCUAGAUCCAAAAUUUGUAUUAUCUUGCUUCUUGUACAAAGCUGCAUCUAUGCGCGCAUGAUGUAUAUAGAAUUUUGUCAAAAAUAUUUUAUGUACAGUCAGAUUAUAUAUAUUUGUGUGUGGUGGGUGUAAGUGAUGAAAAUUAUAAUGAAAACAAAUUUCUAUUUAAUUAGACAUUUAGAAAGUGCGACGGUUUUUUCUUAGAUAGAAGAUAAUAUUCGCAGGAAAGACCGUCUCUGAUGAUUAUUGUUGCGCUUUCAAAUAAAAUAAUAUGAAAUUAUCUAUUGAUGCGUUUACAUGGCAGGUUCGGUGAUAAGUAUGGUAUAACAAUAAUUACAAGUAUGUUUACAAAAAAACAAAACAAAAAAAAGAAAAAAAAAAAAA